UCUCUUUUCGCAGCAAACCCAGGAGUCAGCUACGUGAUUUCUUUCCUAAUGAAAUGACGUUUCUUAGCUACAACAAUAGUCACAUCUUUCGAAAACUGGGGGGACGCUUCUUAGCACACCCCAAUGUCGAAGUGGGGACAGUGACCAGGAGAAUGAAAUUGUUGAGAAGCAGGCAACAUAUCUUUCUAAAUAAUUGAACUGAGCAUCAUUGAGCUGCCGCAGUGAAGAGUGUGCAGCGCGGAGUGCUCCACAGAUGCAUCCCUUAAAAUUUCAAUGCCACUGUUUUUGUUGAAACACAGACGACAGGGACUGGUGGACGGCUUCACUCUCUGUGGUGUCGCGGAUUGAUCAAAUGUCUUUUUCACGAGCAUCGUUGCAACAUAUGUUCCGAAUACACAAAUGGCAUCUAAUUUGAGCAGUGCGCAUAAUAAUUCCUAUAUUUUGUAUAACAGCAGAGUGGGGAGAGCUCAUUCUCUGGGCUCGCUGGAGUGGAUAUCUGGGAGAGCCACAGAAUGUCAGAAAAACGGGAAGACACCUGGCCCCGACGGAAGGCUCAAGCGUUUGUUAUCAAUAGGAAUACUUUUACUUCUGUCGCAAUCAGCGCUGGCAUCGGAUGAUGAAGGGAGCAAUGAGGGAUCAGCAUUUGCAUCUCCACUGCAGGAUCUAGUAUCUUCGACAGUCCCCUCUCACCAAUCAGCCAGUUUAUUGCUGGAGGAGGAGUCUUCCUCAAUCAUCCACACUGAUCCACCGGGGACAGCAGAGAGCACAAGAAAAGAACCUGCAUUCUCAUCUAUUCUGACUAUGCUUUCCAGCAUGGUUCAAAGGCCCCAGACUUUAGUGCACUCACUUCCCUCCCCAGUUACCUCUAGCAAUGACAUCCAAACAGGCCAAUGGCAUGCAGAGAAUCAAACCAGAGGAACUCAGCCUUUGUCUGCAGCUCCUGCAGUGAGCAGUAUCACCUCUUCUAGCUCAGAGGAGGCAACAGUGAACAGUUCUUCUUCGGCCCUUGUAUCCCUUCUCUCAGCAUAUAGAGAAAUGGAAGCUGCCCACAUAAGGAAUGCCACCAGUUCAACCACCACCCACACAAAGAAUACCUUUACACCCAGCAGGGUUGAAACCACCUCCAUACAAAUGGCAACAACAACCAUAACUUUCGCCACUCAGGAAUCUACAACAAAGUCCAACCCUCAACUCAUGAGAACCACCAGCACUACUGCAGCUAUGACCACAGAGGUUGUGAGGACCAGGAAUACCACUGCAUCACAGUUGAGCAGCACUACACAGAUCACAGCCACCCAGACUGUGUCCACAACCACACAGACAACCACCAUGACUGCUCCCAGAACAUCAACAACUGCUUCAACUCUUACAUCCAACACCACCACACAAAGGCUCAAGAUUUCUUUUCCUGGUGCAACCACACCUGCCCUUCAUACCAGUUCCAGCACAGAGAUCCAUCGGCUGCAAUGUAACAUCUCAGAGAAAAUCUGGGUAAAAACAGUUUUGUCCAUACAUCUGAGAAAAAACCGACUUGAGAUGGCACUGAAGCAGAAUCUCCCAAAAGGCCUCUCCCAGGCUCUGCAGAAGGCUUUCAAUGACAGCAAUGUUCAGGCACAGGUUGAGAGCCUGAGUAGUGGCUCCAAUGUGACCGUUGGGUACUAUGCAGCGAGUGGCAGCACAGUUUACACAGCCUCUGUGGUGGCAGAUGCUCUCAGUGCGUACGGGGCUGGCAAGCUCAUGGCGGACAUCAGGCAGUUUGUGCCUGCAGCACAGUCUCUCUCCAUUCCCAUCACUCCCUGGGUGCCCAGCCCAGCCAUCUCCCAACAACUGAAAACAGUCCUCAGGUUUGUGGGUGCAGGAGACAAUAUAAAAUCCUGCAGUUUUGCUCAGUUGAUGGAGCAGCGCCUGGCCAAUGCUUUUAUGGAGGCAGAGUCCAAAGUGCUGAAUGCUCACAGUAGACUCUCUGUUCAGAUCUUAAGCACUUCCCAGACACUGGGUUCAGCCUCUGUGUCUCUGAUCUACGUGGUGUGGAAUGGGAGCACCGCCCUGAACGGCACUGCCUCCAGUAAUCUCCUUAAGCAACUGACAGCUGAAUUGGUGGGGUACUUCCUCUUCUUCCCCCCCCUCAUCAUUGCGGAGCCUUUAGAGUAUCAUAAUCUGAAUACUUCAGUAGCAACGAGAGACUACUGGGUAAUCACAGUAAUUCAGGAUGUCGACAGCUCCUAUCUGGAGGGGAAUUACCAGAGCUUUGCCAGGCUGAUGGAACAGCGCUUGGCUGAGCUGUUUAUGGUGGCCCGCCAGGAGGGGACGAGGUUCAAGAGGGCCACCACUGCAGGGAGCUACACUGUCCAGAUGGUGAGCAUUAGAAGAGUUGCUGGUCAGAAGAACCCAGCUGAAAUGACCUACUAUGUCCAGCUGAACGGUGUUCCCUUGCCUGGCACCUCAGCAGCCAAGAUCCUCAACACAGUGGAUUCUCAGACUAUGGCCCUUACUCUUGGCUACUUCAUCCAACUCCAAGCUGAACCUGUGGUGAAGACCCCGCCCAACAACCUGUGGAUCAUCACUGCGGUGCUGGCACCCAUCUUCGUGGUGACAGUCAUCAUCAUCAUCAUCACCGCUGUGCUGUGCAGGAAGAACAAGGGCGACUUCAAGACGGACGCCAUGGGCAACCUUAACCCCCGCACUAAGACAUCAUAUCGGAGGGAGGCCAGUUAUUACCACCAGCCAGUGCAAGGCUUUGAUUAUGCCAAGCAACACCUCGGCCAGCAGGGUGGCGAUGAAGAGGUGCUACCUGUUACACAGGAGACAAUUGUCCUACCCCUGCCCAUCCGGGAUGCCCCUCUGUCACAGGAGAGGGGGAUACACCUUGAUGGGAGUGCCUCCAAAAAGACCCUGUCCAGUGAGAUACGCAAAAGCAGGUUGCCUAGUGAGGAUGGCUCCAUAAUCAGCAACGAAUCAGGGAAGCUCCACUCAGGCAGGGGCUCAACAGUACAGAAAGUCCCGCAGCAGCAGAAGAUGGCAAAAGAGGAGGCACGCAAGAGGAGUGAUCCCUACGACUCCUCAUCCGGCUCUUUGCAGCUAAUCUCCAUCAAACCCAUGGUGGCUCCACCCAGCUACUCCCAGCCUGCCUCCUCUGACCGCAGCCAGGAUUCAGCUAUAAUCAAUGGAGAGGUGAGCAUGGCCCUGAAGCAGAAGUCAGACAUUGAGCACUACAGGAACAAACUGCGGCUCAAGGCCAAGAGGAAGGGCUAUUACGACUUCCCUGCAAUCGACACCAGCAACAGGUCCUAUACCCACAGGCAGAGGCACAGCCACGAGAAGGCCCAGCUGGAGCUCAACAAGGCCUUGGACCCUGACGAGGAAAGGGCUUCCACCUACGUCAAGUCCAGGAGAAGACACCCCCAGAUGAGGAACCCUGUGUACCGGAGCCGGCAGUCUCUGAACAGUCCCAGUCCAGGCGGAACUGAGAUGGACCUGCUGGUCAUGAGAGAGAGGACCCGAAGGGGGAUCCGAAACAGUGGCUACGAUACGGAGCCAGAGCUGAUUGAGGAGACCAAUGUGGACCGGCUGAUGGGCUCCAAGGGUUACAGUGGUGGGCGGCAGGUCAAAGGUCACUCUGAGACAUCCACUCUGAGCUCACAGCCUUCCAUUGAUGAGGUGCGGCAGCAGAUGCACCUGCUCCUAGAGGAGGCUUUCAGCCUUGCCUCAGCAGGACGGUCCACGGAUGGCCACGCCCACACCCACCACCACCACCACCACCACCACCUCCACGGCACCUACAGCCCAGGGCAUCAUGGACCCUACUCUGAUGCGGUGACCAGCGCCCCUGGGACCAUGAGCCGCACCCACGGCGGGCUGCAGUGGGUGCCUGCCUACAGGCCGGAGGUGUACCAGUGCAGCCUCCCCAAACCAGCCUUCCGUUUUACCCAGCUUCCUGAGAUGACUGUGGGCUCUUCGCCACCCCCAAUACCACCAAGAACGGGCCCUGCUCCUGGGACCUCUUUGCGGUGCUCCUCAUCUGACAUGGGCUCGAAGGCCAGGGUUUCAGAAUCCUCCGUUCCUGAGAUGCACGGCCAGCAUGACAGUGCUCCCUAUGUGCCGAUCACCAGAGCACCCCUCCCUCCUGUCACUACCGAUUCGCCCAUGUCAAACUACUCAGGAAAUCCAAUAACAGCAGUGUAUGCUAUACCAGCCCCCCGCCCUGGCUACUCUGGCUACUUGGUCCCCACGCCCCCUUCCUCCUACAGGAGCCCAUCCUGGAUGUCCUACCCCCCAGAGCCAGAGGACCUUCCCCACCAGUGGGCCGAAUCUGCGCCCCUACCGGGGUACGUGGAGGCCUUCCCUCACCCCCACUACCCACAGAGCAGCCCCUCCCAGCUGCCCCGGCAGUACAGCCAGGCCUCAUCCUGCCGCAGUGCCCUGGACCACCCCGCCACGCCCUCCACUGCUGCCUCCCAGCAGAGCCUGACAGAGACCGAUACCCAUGAAACCUCCCUCAGCAACAUUUCUACUGCUGCCCUGGUCAAGGCCAUCCGCGAGGAGGUGGCCAAGCUGGCCAAGAAGCAGACGGACAUAUUCAAUUUCCAGGUCUAGCGCCACCUAGGGACCAGGUGGCCUAACUUCUGUUUUUAUGUACUGUGACAUUUGGGGACUGGUCUCCUGCUUCUGUCCUCUGCUAAGCAGGGCAAAGCUACUGACUCUGCUGUUUUGAUGUUCUGUGUUAAAGCUGAAAUUGUUCUUUUUCCCUCUGGUGUUAUUUAUUUCACCACUGAAGGCAAAUCGUUUCAUCUCAAGCUAUCUUCCAGUUUCAGUUCCAUUUUUAAUUACUGCCACUUAAUUGUAGAUUUCCCAUUGAAAGAUUAAAUCUAACAUUCUUGGUAAAUCAUCAUAUUUAGUAGUCUUAAUCAAGGCAAGAGCUGGAGCACUGGCAAUAGCACAGCAUCAACUUAGAGUGAUUUCGCUGGCCAUCAUUAACCAUGCGUCUAAAAGCUGCAGGCCUUUCAAAUGGGAACAGUGUGAUUGUGUGAAUGAAAUGUCAUAUUUUUAAGAGAAAACAUGGGAAAGUCCACAUUUUGCAUGAACUCUUAUAAGUCUUGUACAUUGCUUUUCAAGCAAGACCAUACAUUACAAUGACACACAGCAGUAUGUUUAGUGUAGUGUUUAAAAGAGUAAAAUGUGGAUGUGAUCAGGAAUUCAGGAAAACACACAGUGGACCACAUCACCUCAUCCCAGCAAUGUUAAAGAGUGAAAAUGAAAGCCACAUUGAAUCCCACUGUAAGAUACUUAUUGUUUUAUACAUGAUACCCUGCUGUAUAUUUCUACAUUAGCACUUUGGCUUUCAGAAAAUGUGAACCAUAAAAUGUUCUGCAUCUACAUUUUAAUACACUCAUAAACAAUGGAGGAAUAGCUUCUGAACAUGAUAAAACAUCUUUGGAAAUGCCAGCACCUAUAAUUGCUGCUAUUGUGGUUAUAGAACAGAAGGCCCAACAAAAGUCUAUUCUUCCAAUCAUAGAUAGUGGAGUUAUUAUAUCUUUAAAUACAUUCUGUUAUAAUGUACAAUUAUCUGUCUUUGAAUAUGUAUUUUGAAGUUAUUGGCAUGUAUUUGAAAAAAAGAAUGCUUUUCAUGCAUGCGUCCCUAGGAUAUUCCACACAAGGGCUUUUUGUAAGUAUGGAGGUUCUGACUGUCAAAAACACCCAUCAUUCCACUCAACUGGUAAAAGCUUUGAGCUCAACAGUGAAGCUGUACUCAGAGAAGUGGAUAUAUUUCAGUGAAUUGUUAAUGUGCUUUGUGAGAAUGUUUUCCUGUUAAUGAUUGUACUGUAACUCAUAAUGGAACUGUUCAAAUGCACUUUAAUUUUUAAGCAUAGAUUCACAAUAUUAACUUGCUGAGUCAGACCAGGGAAGUCAAUUACUAUUAAUUUAAUUACUAUUAAUACUAAAGAGGGGGUGAGGAUUCUCAUACUAGCAAACAGAAUGACAUCAUUUCAAGGUGUAAAACACCAGACCUCGAAUAUCAAUGCAGGCAUUAUGCAAUUGCGACACAAAAUGUGAAAUACUCAAGAACACUAAUUUUUUUAACAAAUGUAUACAAAAUGAGAGUUACAUAUCAAUUUGUAUAAUUGAAUACCCAAUAUAUCAAAUAGGUAUGCAUAUUGAAUAACUAUGAACUUGCUACAAGAUGUAUAGUAUAACGGAAGAACAACAGAUAAGACUUUCACCCCUAAAUGUAUUUACCUAGAAUUUUUUCUCUAUCUGAUGACUGCUCCUUGAAAAACAAUUGUUGUUGGUCACUUGCAAAGCUUAUUUCUUUCCCUCAUCAUUUUAUUUACAUCAACUCAGUUUCUCUCAGAUUUGUGUAAAUGCUAGAAAAACAGUCAUCAGAGUCUUGAAUCUUUAGUCACUGAAGUUAGUUUUAGCCAUGGCUGGUGUCAGUCUCAUUCUAAAGUGCCCAAAGGGAAAGAAAUGGACAUCAUCAAAAUCACAGCCCCAGUGCAAUUGACUAAAUAUGCUGAGUGUCUAAGAGUACUGUACUUUAGCCAACCAGCCAAAGGAUGCUUUCAAAUCCUCCUUGGAUCUUCCUCUACAUUAUACUUAAAUCUCAUUCAUCUCCUUUGUACAGUGCAAUAAAUGCAUUUUCUCACAAUAAUUUUUUGUA